GUCCAAUUUGGUUUAUGACAAAUACUUUUUAAAAACAUUAGCCUAAGCUAUUAUUUUUUUACUGCUAAUUAGCAAGUGUUAGCAUGCUAACACACUAAAUUGAGAUGGUGAAUGUAGCCAACAUUAUACCUGCUAAACAGCAUGUUGGCAUCAGUCUCACAGGGCUGCUAGCGUGGCUGUUGAUGCCUAAUCUUGUUUGCCACAUAGGGCAUUUACAGAUGUGUGCCAUAUAUGUUGUAGAGCUGGCAGUGGUCAGACUGAUAUCUUUAUUCUGAGUGACAAGAUGGCAGAGACAGAACAAGAGAUGGUUAAAAAGUGCUUUGUGUCCUAAACCACUGACUGGACCUGAAGGAGAAGAUGAAUUAUUUAUGUUGGAUGAAUCCUAGGCUUCUGCAGUGGAAAUUGUUAAUCCAGUGUGUUGUCAGAGUGAGGUUAGGGAAUGGGUUGAAUGUGGUCAGUGGAUUACUGCAUGUUCCUGUCAAGAUUUAAAUGAAUUGUCUUUGGACACAUCAGUAUUUACCUUGGAAGAGCACAUCAGGACCUGAGUGUUUAGUGUUAAGUUGUCCAAUGUGCCAUUUGGAAAAUGUCUGGGUUCUACUGUUGUCUCAGUCUCAUCAGCUGAGUUUCAGGUGCAGAAAAACAAUACCAGAUGACAAAUUAUAUAAAUUUGAUCUAAUGGAUAUGAUUAGAAAUGUUAAUGUCAGUGAAUCUUGUUAAUCACAGAAGCUGUUGUCUAGGACAUGACAACAUGCACACACAUUUUGACAGAUUGUGUGUGUGUGUAUGUGUGGUUACUGAGUAAAGAAAGAGGGGCUGUCAGCAGGUUUCACCCCACAGUGAAAAUCCCAGUUUGGCUCAAAUCUGUUGAGUGGCACCUGCUUGGCUAAGUAGUUAGCGUGGUGCUCACACACUCCAGAAUACAUGUGUAAGCAUCACAGUGUAUGUGCGUACAGACAAUAUGUAUGUACAGAAUGUAAAGACGGGCUCAUUGUUCGUUUCUCAGAGGUUGUGUUUGUUUUCAUACAUAGAUGCUAGUGGAGCUUGGCCCAACAAGGUUGACUCUGACCUGAACUGUCUAUAACCCUGUCUCUUGUUGGAAAAUGUCCAAGAUCAGUCAGAGAAAAACACACAGACACUGACAGGGCAUCACAAAUUCAUGUGUCAACCCACAUGACAAUGUCCAACUAGAAUGUAUCACAGGUAUAUGAAACUUACUGUGUUCCAGUUUCUAUCUUUUGCUCCCUGUCCGUUUCCCAUCUCCUCCACAAAUCCCUGCUUUCCACCUAGUGUUAGCAGACAGUUAUGAAAGGGUGAGGAGACGAGGAGGAGCAGGGCGGGUCUGUGUAUUUCAUGGUACGAUGAACGAGGGCCUUUAUUAACAAUGUGAGAGUUUAUUUUUUUACCUCUCCGCCUCCUAGAUAUUCCUUCCCACCGUCUUGCUCUUUCUUCGUUUCAGCAUUCACUCCGAGUUGGGGGCAUGUGCAAUAUGGUUUAGUACUACUUUUGGCCAACUCACAACAGAGAAACUGCACCACAGCUUUCACUACAAGCGUUCAUAAUCUCAAAUUGUACGCUUUUCUGGAGAGUAAUCCUCUUGUGUAAACUCUCACGUUGACUUUCUUCCCUUUGGCGUGACUGUCCGCACCUUCUGUGGAUUUGCUUUGUCAACACUUCGGCCCUGAAGAUCUAAAAGUUUUGGACUUCUCUCUCCAACUGAAACAGCUUAAAUUGAGUAAACAUCCAACAAUGCAGAUGCCAAGGACAUGUAUCAUGUUCAUUUGUCUGUGUGGCACAGCUUUAUCAGGGCGAAGCCUAAACUCUUUGCGUGCCGUGGAUGCAUACUUGGAAACCUCUUCUGAGACACCUGAAUUAGAAACAGCAGCCGUUCAUCCACCUGGAAUCGAAAGAGGAGUGACCUUCUUAGAUACAUAUGUUUCAAGUACAACUCUCCCUGCUGAGAGUGAGGAUGAACAUCCCCACAUGGAGGCAGAGGAGGCAGGGCAGCAUCAAAGAGUUGAUUUCAGGAAGCUGGAGGCAGGGUUGGGGCGACCCCUAAUGGGCUGGAGGAAGCGUGGAAAAGGAGAGGAGGAGACCAGCGCUCUCAUGGCUGUACUGAAGGAGCUUCAUGCUGAAAAGCGGCGGCUAAUGGAUCAAGGGAAAGCAGAGGAGGAGGAGGAGGAAGAAGAAGAAGAAGAUGAUGAUGAUGAUGAUGAUGAUGAUGAUGAUGAUGAUGAUGAAGACAACGAUGAUGAUGAUGAUGAUGAUGAUGAAGAGGAGGAGGAGGAAGAGGAAGAGGAAGAGGAAGAAGAAGAAGAAGAAGAGGAGGAGGAGGAGGAGGAAGAGGAAGAAGAAGAAGAGGCAACUGAGCCUCCCAGCAAUCAAACAGAAACACACUACGGCUUUACAGAAUCUCCUCUCAGAGAGUGUCAGACUGCUGACAGAGAAAUCAGCUGCAGGGGCAUCGGCAUGACUCACCUGCCAAUCAUCCACAACCUGGAGGCCACAAAGCUGGACAUGGCAGAGAACAACAUCAGAGUCAUCAAUCUGCAAGCUCUCUCUGGUCUGCCGAACCUGGACACACUGGACCUGAGCAAAAACAAACUGGAGGAUGAGUCAUUCAGCCAAAACCCUGUGUCUAACUUGACCUUUCUGAAGAAGCUGAACCUAGAUGGCAACCAGCUUACCAGGAUCCCAGCACUGCCGCCAUCUCUGGAGGAGCUCAAGAUUAACAACAACAAGCUCAGUACACUCACCCCUCACUGUUUCAAAGGUUUGAUGAACCUGUUGAAUCUGGAGCUGGAGGAGAAUACUCUCCAUGAGGGCAGUGUGUCGCCACUAGCCUUCAAACCAUUAGAGAGACUUCUGGACCUCCAGUUGGACAACAACCGCUUCCGUUUCCUCCCGCUGGGCCUUCCUCCCUCUCUUCAGGAGCUGGAGAUGAAUGAGAAUCUGAUUGAGGAGGUGACAGAAGAGCCACUGAGGGGCUGUGUCCAUUUGAAGGUGCUGGACCUGAGUCACAACCUGCUGCAUGAGCAAAGCAUCGUUACCCAAGCCUGGACCCGUCUCAGGUCUCUGGAAGCCUUGGACCUGUCCCACAACCAGUUCACCUCUGUCCCAAUGAAUCUGCCUCGCUGUCUCCGUAAACUCACCCUCCAACACAACAACAUCAGGCACAUCCCCGCCUUCACGUUCCGUCACUUGCGGCCCGGCCUACAGUCCCUCCAUCUAUCCCACAAUGCCUUGAGCAAUGAGGGUAUUGAACAAGUCUCUUUUGUUGGAACAUACCGCUCACUGGGUGAGCUCCUAUUGGACAACAAUCAUCUGGGGGAGGUCCCUCGCUGCGUUCGACAGUUUAAGAACCUACAGGUGCUGAGACUGGACAACAACCAGAUCAGGCUGGUGAGGCAGUGGGGAGUGUGCCACCCUCGUAAUUCUGGCUCCACCUUGGCUUCGGUCCACUUGGAAAAUAAUCUGCUGGAGGUGGACAAGAUUCCCCCAAAUGCCUUCUCCUGUCUCACCGAUGCUCAGGGACUGGUCCUCUAUCCACAGCAGGGGCACUCACACGACCAGUAGACCACACUGUGGGACAGACAUACACGGAUAGAUACAUACCCACAAUAUACGCAUGUGCAUCAUCAUGACAUACAGCUACUUUCUGGGGGUUUUCUGUAUCCUUCAUUUGCCUUCACUGCUUACCUCAUUCGUGCAUCAAACCCAUCAAGCAGGGUUUACAGGAAAAUAGCUUCAUGUAGUUUUCUUAGUCAGUCAAUGCUAUCAUUUUAUCAUUUCAAAACCCAUCUUUUUCUUUCACAUCUCAUCUUUGAUUAAGGAAAUGACUGUAAUGUUUGUGUAAUUUACACGGUAAUGGAACUAAUCAUUAUAUAAAGUGCUCUUGGAAGUGUAAAAGAAUAAUACAUUGCAGUGGAAUCCAGAUCCGCUCAAAACACUGGUUUUAAUCUGUCUUUUCAUUAAAGUAUAAGGUAUUAAAGUGAUACUUUUGAGAAAAUGAA